AUGGCAGAGGCCAGUAUUUCAUUAGAUUAUUUUUCUGUGGAUCAGUUCAGAUGUCCAGUGUGUCUGGAUCUCCUGAAUGAUCCAGUGACUAUUCCCUGUGGUCACAAUUUCUGUAAGGUGUGUAUUAAUGGCUGCUGGGAUCAGGAGGAUGUGAAGGGCGUCUACAGCUGUCCUCAGUGUAGAGAGACUUUCACUCCAAGGCCUGUUCUACGCAGGAACAACAUGCUGGCUGAUGUGGUGGAGAAACUGAAGAAGACUGAACUCCAAGCUGCUUCUGGUCACUGUUACGCUGGACCUGGAGAUGUGGAGUGUGAUUCCUGCACCGGGAGAAAACACAAAGCUGUUAAGUCCUGUCUGGUUUGUCAGGCUUCCUUUUGUGAAGAUCAUCUUAAACCUCACUAUCAGUCUCCUGCCUUUAAGAAGCACAAGUUAGUUGAAGCCUGUGCAGAGCUCCAAGAGGAGAUCUGCUCUGAACAUGACAAACUGAUGGAGAUCUACUGUCGUACUGACCAAAGCCUCAUCUGUUACUUGUGUAUGAUGGAAGAACACAAAGGUUUCAAUCCAUUAGCUGAGAUUCGCAGUGCCUUUAAAGACUGGUACAAAGACUGGUACAAAGACUGGUACAAAGACGGGUACAAAGACUGA